CACGCCGCCCAUGCGCGCCCCGGCCGGGCCGACUUGAGUGAUGAGCGCAGCAGCCGCAGGAGGGGCACGCGGGCGCUACGCCGUUUGCGUAGGCUGAGAAAGACCGGGCCGCGAGCGGGAAGGGCCCGGCCGGGCGGUCUGUCCGCAUAGUGCGUAGCGGCGAGCGCGGCGCAGGCCGCGUGCCCGGCGUAAGCGCGCUCUGUGAAUAGCGGCGCUGCGGCAAGAGCGGAGGAGGAGGCGCUGCGGCGGUUUGGUACCGAGCGGAGAGGGAGAUGCACACGGCACUCGAGUGAGGAAACAGAGAUGAAGGUACACAUGCACACAAAAUUUUGCCUCAUUUGUUUGCUGACAUUCAUCUUUCAUCAGUGCAGUCAUUGCCGUGAAGAGGGACAUGACCAUGGUCCUAAAGGGAGCCAGGUACACAGCCAUAAUGACUAUCAGAUCUCAGAAGCAUCAUAUCUCCAGAAUGCAGGAACAGAAUCUGCACCAAGUAAAUUUUCAGUGCUGGAAGCUGAAAAUGAACAAAAAUACUACAUUGAAAAGCUUUUUGAUCAUUAUGGUGAAAAUGGAAGAUUGUCAUUUUUUGGUCUGGAAAAACUGCUGAUAAGUCUUGGCCUUGGAGAGGUAAAAGUAGUGGAGAUUAAUCAUGAGGAUAUUGGCCAUGAUCAUGUUUCCCAUUUGGAUAUUUUAGAGGUACAAGAAGGGAAGCAUUCUCAUUCUCAUAACCAUGCUCAUUCCCAUAGCCACUCAGGUGCAGAAAACCAAACUGGCAUUUCCACAAAGAGAAACCAUAAAUGCGACUCUGAGAAGGAAACAACACGGACAUCUGUAAAACUUGAUAGUAAACAUGUUCAUGACCACAUUCACCACCACCAUCGUCACCACCAUCUGCAUCAUCAACUUGAACAUAAUGGUACACGUCAUUUUCGCAAUGAGUCAAUCAGUCACAAUGAACAUGGAGAGCAGAACCAUGAGCCUUCAACAGAGACAAAUACAACUCAGGAACAACCUGACAGAAAACGACGGAAACACAAGAGGAGACGAAAAGGGAAGAAAAUUGGAGAGACUUUGGGAGAUACUGCACAAGACUUUGUUCCAGACCAUGAGCCAGAUGAUCAAUAUGAGCAUAAUCAUGUUCAUAAACACGAUCAUGUACAUGAUGGAUCUCACUCACAUGUACACCUUCAUGAACAUGAUAAUGAUCGUGCUACUAGUCAUGGACAUCAAGAUCCCAGUCCUGAUAGUGAGGAUGGAUACCAUCAUACCAGCAAGCGUGAAGCACCUCAUAAACAGAUUAAUGUAAAAAAACAUGCUAUAUUUUCAGCACAUAGUCACAAAGAUCAUGGUGAUGAUGACCAUGAACACGAAGAGUGUUUAAAUGUCACUCAGCUGCUGCGGUACUAUGGUCUUGGAACCAGCUCUCCAAUAUCUCCUGAAAUGUUUAUAUACCUGUGUCCUGCACUGCUGUAUCAAAUUGACAGAAGGCUUUGUAUUGAGCAUUAUGAUGAGCUUCUGGUUGAAGACUUGAAUAAAGAUAAAAGUGCAACAGCUCAGAAUAAUGAUAAAAUAGGUGCCUCAGCCACAGCCUGGUUUUGUGGACUCAUUUCUAUCACUGUCAUUAGCCUCCUAUCUUUGCUGGGUGUCAUCUUGGUUCCCAUCAUUAACCAAGGGUGCUUCAAAUUCCUUCUAACGUUCCUGGUUGCUCUGGCUGUUGGGACACUGAGUGGAGAUGCGCUACUCCAUCUGUUGCCACAUUCUCAAGGAGGCCAUAACCACAGUCACCACCAAGGGCAUGUUCAUGAACACAGGCAUUCUCAUGGACAUUCUCAUGAGCAUGGACUAGGAGCUGAAGGAUUUCUAGAAGAAUAUGAUGCAGUAUUGAAAGGACUUGUUGCACUUGGAGGCAUUUACCUUUUGUUCAUCAUUGAACACUGCAUAAGAAUGUACAAGCACUAUAAUAAACAAAAGACUAAACAGAAAUGGUGUAAGAAAAAACAGACUGAAGAAUCACCAGUUGGAAUGAAGCUUUCAGAUCAUAAACUAAAUAGUAGGCCAGAUGCUGACUGGCUUCAGCUCAAACCUCUUGCAGGAGCUGAUGACUCGGUUGUAUCUGAAGAUCGACUUAAUGAAACUGAACUGACUGAUCUAGAUGGCCAGCUGGAAUCCCCGCCCAAAAACUUCCUGUCUGAAGAAAAUGCAUGCAAUAUGCACCAUUCUCACAACGAUGUCUUGCGUGCUGUUCAAGAGCACAAUCUCCAUGAUGCAGAGUAUGAUGACAGCCCUGGAGAAGAUAAAAUCAUAGCUAGAAAACACAACCAUCACUGGCACCACAAACAUUCCCACCAUUCCCAUGGCCACUGCCAUUCAGGAAAAGACCUGAAAGAUACUGGCAUAGCCAACAUAGCUUGGAUGGUAAUUAUGGGAGAUGGCAUCCACAAUUUUAGUGAUGGCUUAGCAAUAGGAGCAGCGUUUAGUGCCGGACUGACAGGAGGAAUUAGUACUUCUAUAGCAGUGUUUUGUCAUGAGCUUCCCCACGAAUUUGGUGAUUUUGCUGUGCUGCUUAAAGCAGGAAUGACAGUAAAGCAAGCCAUUGUAUACAAUGUCCUGUCUGCCAUGAUGGCUUACAUAGGAAUGCUGAUAGGCACAGCCGUUGGACAGUAUGCCAAUAACAUCACCCUUUGGAUCUUUGCAGUCACUGCAGGCAUGUUCCUCUACGUGGCACUGGUAGAUAUGCUUCCAGAAAUGCUUCAUGGAGAUGGAGAUCAUGAGGAACAUGGAUAUUGUCCUGUGGGACAAUUCAUUCUUCAGAAUUUAGGUUUGCUCCUUGGAUUUGCUAUCAUGCUGGUGAUUGCCCUUUAUGAAGAUAAACUUGUGCUCAACAUCCAGUUUUGACCAUUUCUAGUGAUCUUUGUGGUUAUGAUAAUGUUACUGUAUGGCUUUGAGUCUGCACUGUUGUACUGUAUACACAUUGCUCAGAGAAAAAGCAGUGGCUUGCACUACUUACACAAGUACAGUAUAUUUGUUUCUGCGUGGGUUAACUUCUGCUGCUUUCUGACAGAAGAUAAUGAUGCGCACAGUGCAUCUUCCAGCCUGACCUGAAGUAGGAAAUGUGAAAUACGAGACAUGAACUUAGAGUUCUUGUGCUGCAUUCAAAAUGUUGUGUAGUUUUUACAAAUUAAAACACACAGUGAAAGACUUGUUCUGGUGCUGGAAGUGUCUUUUGGCAUUACAGCUAGAUAGAACCUAGGAAAUUCGUACUUGUGCAUAGACUGGCACGUCUUACAUGGCCUCUAUUAACAUGUGCUUGCUCUCUGCACAACGGUAUGUACUACUCCAAUAAUUAUAUUUUACAGAGUGGACAUGACAAGGAAAUACUGUAGUGUUUUAACUUUUAAAAAGUCCAACAAUGUUUAAAUCUUGUUGGGACACAGUAAUCUGUAUACUAUGGUUAUAAAGUUUGUGCUAAGGAGGCAGACCAUUGCAGUACACAAAGAUCUAUGUGAUCCACUGCAAAGUGCAGUUGACAAAAUGUUUUCCUGACUAAGAUUUAUUUGAUGUUAGUUCCUUGGUAUGAGUAGGAAAAUGCAGAAUGUGGUAGACUUAGUGUUAGCUUGGGGAAAUCCCUGGUGUCAGAGUCAGUGGACUGAACCUGGUUCUCUGCUGCAGAAACUAAACAUGUAUUGUGUGCCACUUGCAACGUAAACUACUGAAAAACCGUGGCUGUGAGUGUGGGGCAAACUCUCCUCUAACAAAUGAUCCAUAGUGGAAUUUCUCACUUUUAAUAGCUAUUUUGGUAUAUAUUUUUUCCUUUUUAUAUUAAAACCUUAAAGUAUGAUACUAACUCUUGAGCCUGACUGCAUAGGUUAAAAAUUGUCCUUUCUGUGCAGUAUGGGUGGAUCAUUUAUAAUGCUAUAGUAUCAGUUUAGAAUGUAUUUCUUCAGUGUCUUGGCAUCAGAGCUUUAUAGCACCAGCCAUUGCUGGCAAUAGACUGUGUGCUAGAAUAUUCCUAUUUCCAGCAUCAGAGUUAGUUGGGUUUUUUUUAACAUUUUUGUUACAUUUUUGUUGUGUUGUUGGUAUCUAGGGUAUAUAAAAGCAGCUGUUAUUAAGUACCAGUAUGGGUGAGUAGGGAGGAAUAGGCUGAACAAUCAAAAGCCUUAACUUGCUGGAAUCAGCUUAUCUUUGAUUGCUUAGUGCCAAGGUGCUUGUAAUGCCAGACAUAGAUUUGUCUCUUGUGUACCCCUGUCUCCUUCUAAAAUUGUGAAUUUGUGAGAAGUGCAAGCCCUGCUAAUUCUGCAGUCUGACUUGAUAAUAUAGUACCAGUCCUAAGCAUGGUAGUAGCCUUCUUUUAACAUGCUGUUCUAGUUGUCAUUUAUAUGUAUGCAAGAUAAGCAGUGUAUUGACUAUGUGCAGCAAGUUUUGUUUCAGCCUGCUUGGCGCCAGUGUAGCUGCUAAAAUGUACUGGUUUAACACCUUACCUAGAGUCAGUAUCUUCAUUCUAUUUCUCAGCUAAUCCCUGUUCCUGUGGCCCUUUGCUUUUGACUCUGCAAUUUAGCGAUCUAGCUGUUCCUUUUUUUUAACACAGCAGCUCAUACUUUUUAAUUAUAUUAGUUGGUUCUUGCUGCUAUUUGUUUCUAGUGCAAGAAACAGUAUUAAGGGUCCAGUUCAAUAAAAGAUGUGGUUACUUCAGGGAAGAAACCAGAAAUCAAGGGUCCAGUCAUGUUGUCCCUUGGUGCUCAGAAUUCAUUGAAGUCGACAGGAUUCCUGCAUGCAGGAAGACUACAAAGCCUGACCCUAACUAGCACAGAUGUCAUUUCAGUUGGUAAUGGUGGAUUUUGGUAACUUUAAGAUUUUGGGUGAAGUUUUCAAAAGCACCAACUGGAGUGACAUGGGUCUGUCUGUAAAUAACAAGCUCCAGGCAGUUUACCCUCUUAAGGCCCAGAUCCUAAAAAAUAUUGAGAUGCUAUGUCACUCAGAGGUUUUCAGACAUGUUGCCCAUUGACUUUUCUUGAACUUAGUGCUGCCAAAUAGAAGUUGGUCAUUAUGUAACUGAAUUGAGAUUUUUGACAGAUCCUCCUGUGUUUAUGCUAUAUUUGUUUUAAUUCUUUAUAAAUGAAGAUUCUUAUAUUUUGGGUAGUAUAUUUACUUUUCUCUUAGUUGGAAUGCGUUAGUUUAAUAUACUGCCUCUACCAAAAAAUGCUUCACACUUCUAUUCGAGACCUUUUUCAUAUCGAAGUUUUAGGUACUGCAUAUUUUCCUUAAGAAUGGAAUCUGUCUCCUUAUUUUCUAGUAUUUAUUACACAUUGUGAAAAGCAAUAUAAUAGCCGUGGCUGCUUCUUAGACUUCUGCCAGUAUUGAAUUCCAGACCAUUUUAAUGUACAACUAAGUCGUGUUACAGACGGUCCGAUUUC